AUGCUAGCAUCAUCACACACGAUCUCGCGGGUCGAGACCACACCGUCUCACAGCACGGCAUCCACGUCGCAGCUGCUCCUGCGCGGGACACGCGAUGGCGACUUGGUUGCUGCCCUCUCCUCCUCCUCCUCCUCUUCUUCCCCCACAGCUUCAGAACGAGCGCCGCUGUUCACGUGGGGUGAGCUGUCGGAGAUCGUGUCGAGCGGGCAGCUGCACAAACUCGCGCGCCACCCGGAUGACCUCAAGGAGUACUUUGCAUGGAUGACGAGCGUCAAAGAGUCCUACGGGAGUGUCACCAACUUCCUGCUGUCCGAGCGGUUCACGGCCACGCGGCUGCUAGAAAAAGCCUCCUCGUCCUCCUCUUUCGCCCAACCGCAAGAUACCGAGGUGCGCUGUUUCCGGAGCGACUUCGUACCUGGGCUCGACUGCCAGAUCCUGGUCAACGACUGGCCGUACUCAGUGCCGCGCGAUGUGACUCACUAUGUCGUGUGGAGCCACCUGCCCAUACUGCAUCCGGACCUCGUCGCCCACGCGCGUCCACAGACCGCACAGCGCGCAUGGAGCAUCAUCGCCAAGCGCGGUCUCUGUGCCACCCUCUCCCCCACCGCCUCCCCGCGCGCCGCAUUCCCGCCCCUCGACAAUCUCACCUCAACGUCGGAUCUGGUAGAGCAAGAACAGGUCGACCUGCACAACACGCUCCGGUCGGCCUGUGCGCCUCUGAUCGAAUUCAUAGCCUGUCAUUGGAACACGGCACGAUCCGAAGUCGCCUUCUUCGCAAACCCGCCUAGCUUGCAAUCCGUGCCCUCGCUCGCCCACUUCCACGUCCUCGUCAAACCCCUCCUCUAA